AUAUAUCGUAUCCUCUUUACUUGAAAAUCUUUAGGUACUUAUAAAUAAGAUCGACCCCCUUACCUUUAGAUACAUUAGCGCCAGAGUAUACUAGUGAAUCAAUCGCGAUUGCGUUCGAGAGUAAGGGGGCUGAUCAUAAAAAAGUAAUUAAUAGACCCUCACAUUACUAUUAAUGUCUUCCUAUAGGACUCGAUCCAACCAUCCUAUUCUACAUGGGUAAUAACCGGUCCCGUGAUCUGGACUACACUGAUGCGCUGUUCGUCGACAUUCUCCACACCGGUGCGGGCAUCCUCGGACAAUGGGGGCCUAAUGGUCAUGCCGAUUUCUAUGUUAAUGGGGGUUCCAGCCAACCAGGAUGCGCGCACGAUACCAUAUUCCAAACCCUGUCGUGUGACCAUACUAAAGUGACUCCUUACUUCAUAGAGUCUAUUAACAGUAAGGAAGGCUUCUGGGCGGGCCCAUGCCCCAGUCUGUUCUCGUACUUAAUAGGCUGGUGUGAGCCUAAAGAUUCAGAAUAUGUCUUAAUGGGUGAACAUGUCACGCGCAAGUAAGUAGUAAAAUAUAAUACAAUUAUGGUCUGGUCCUGGCGAAAAAAUU